AUGAGUAGCGAAAUUCACAAAAUGGAUAUCGACACCUUGAAACAAUCAAAAGAAAUGCUUGUUCUUAUGGAGUUGUAUAAAAUGCGAUUAGAUUUUACAAAGCUAUUUAUAGAGACUUUAGAGAAAAAGAGACUCGAGGCAUUAUUUGGUACCUAUAUACGUCUUCCUAUAUUAAACAAUCCUAGAAACCCUGAAAAGUUGAUGCAUUUUAUAAAAGAGGUAGAAAUGAAUUCAUGCUAUUAUCCACGGUUUGAGAAGGAUAGAGUGAAGUGCGCUGUUUGGCAUAUGACUCAAGAUACCAUCGACUUCUUGCUCACGCUCCACCCGAAAUUAUUGCAGGCUAACUGGCAUGAGUUCAAAGCAAUACUUUGUAAUACUUUCUUGAACCCUAAUUUUGUUGCAAAAAAGAAAAGAGAGUUAAUGAAUUUGCAGCAAGUUACCACAGUGGAACAGUACGAGGAAAAGUUUUUACUGAUUAAAGCUUAUUUACAUCAAGAUGACGAGAAUGUUAUGUUUUUUAAAAGGUUGUUUGUGAAGGGGUUGAAACCAGAAAUUCGUCAGUUUGUAAUUAAAGAGCUCUUUGAUGAUGAGGUAUCCCUUAUUGAAACUGCCACUGCAGCUAUCAGAGCGGAGUCGAUGCUCUCCUUUCUGAGGGAGAUGUCAUCUGAUUAUGAGCCAGGUUACUCUCGUGAUCACUAUACGCCAAGGGAACAAGUUGACUCGUCAUCCAGGAAACUCACUCCAAAACAGAAGAAAGUACUUAUGGCCAAUGGAGGCUGCUUCAAAUGUCGCAAGAUUGGCCACAAAAUCAGGGACUGUCCCAUGGCAAACUGA